AUGCCAUCUGAAAUAAAAGAAAACGAAAUUGAUGCUAGCGAUGAAGUUACUCACCUCGAGUUCGUGGGAGAUAGGGCAUCUGCCUCCAGUGAAAAUAUCGCUCUUUUGGAAAAAUUUUUAGAGUGUUGCCGUCUUGUUACUGAUAAAGUUAUUGAUGAAAUUGUACAAUACUGUUCAAACUUGGAAUUUCUUUCUGUAGUAGGUACAAAUAUUACUAAAGAUGCAUUGAGCAAACUUAAUCCAAAGAUCAUGAUAAAGCGAGAUUCAACACUUGAAAUGGACCCAGAAAAAGAACUUAAUGAUCUCCGGACAUCACUUGUUUAUUUAGUGCAGGAUUUAUGGUCAACUUAUGCAAAUCUCGAAGAUAUUGUACAAUACUGCGAAGACAAGAUUAAAGAUGAACAUUAUCAAAAUUUAAUUAUAGAAUUGGAGAGGGAUAUGAGAGGUACAGCUGAAAGACUCGGUUUGAUGGUACGUAUGUAUGGUCUUAAAGAAAAAAUUAAUUAUCAGCCUACAAAUCCGGAAUAUAACACUAAUUAUGUUAUUACUGAGUUUGUUCCACGCGAUAUAAAAUAUAUAGGUAGAGAAUCCUUAUCGUCACAUAUGAAAUUCCAAACACCACGAAGCGAGUUCCAUCAAAGAUUAUAUAAAAAUGAAUUCUUUCCCUAA